AUGUGUGUGGGGAAGUGCAGCCGGAUCGUGGGUCCCUGCCUGCUGGUGCUGGGCACGCUCUCCAUGGCAGCCGGCAUCCUCCUGCUCUUCCCUGGUGGAGCAUCCAAGUACCUGCUGGAGGGGCACAUCAGCAGCCACGCCAAGGCUCUGCCGGGUGUCUGGGGAGGCGGCAUCGCUGUGAUGCUGGCAGCGACACACGUCACGGCGCUGGGGUGGCAGUGCCCCGGCUGCGGCACCCGACACAACGCGUUCAUCUCCGUGGUGCUCUCCAAGCUGGCUCUCCUGGGCGCUGCCGCCUGCUUCGUGCUCUCCGGGGUGGGACUGGCCAAUGGCCCCCUCUGCUUCUACAACAGCACCGAGCUCGGCCUCAGGCACGGCGCCUUCUGGGGUUACCCCUUCCUCGAUGCCAUUGACCUGGGGCCUGAUGCCAGGGCUGAGAACUACCUGUACAACCGGAGCACCUGGAGCAUCUGCCUGGAGCCGGAGGGCAUUGUGACCUGGCAUGUUGUCCUGUUCUCCCUCCUGCUGCUCAUCAGCGUGGCUGAGAUGGUGCUGGCCUUGCUCCAGAUCCUCAACGGCUGCCUCGGCUGCCUCUGUGGCUUCUGUGAGGGGAAGUAGGGCCCGGUGGCAGUGCCAGGAGGC